AUGCUGCACCUGUGGAUCGUGGGUAAUUUUGGCGACCUGGUGAAUAGGGCUGCCCGCUCUGUGGAUGUGACGUCUAACUACGACCGUGCUGUGGAUGUCUCAUCGAACUAUGAUCGUGCCGUGGAUACAGCUGCGAAUUACGAUCGGGCUGUAGAGGUCACUGCCAACUAUGACCGUGCUGUGGAUAUAAGUUCCAACUAUGACUAA